ACCUGACCAGUAGCACGCAGGCAGCCGCUCAGGUGACAGAGAAGAAACACCACUGUCAGUUGGACAAAUAAAGAGAGAGAGGGGACAGGGAGAGGAAACGGACAGCAGCAGUUAGGGAUGCGAAGGAGGAGGGACCUGGACAAAGGAAAAGUAUGCUUUAAGCAAAUGAACCGAGGCUGAGAGGGACACACCCGGAGUCAACCCGCCGGAGGCUGAACGGACAACCGACACAGCCAGACGGGUCUCUGCCUUUCUGGGAUUCACACUUUACAACAUCGCAAAUGUGGACAUUACAAAAAAGACUGAAAUAAAUCAGAAAGAUGGAGGCAAAAGAGAACGGCAACAUCCCACCUUGAGAAAAGCUGCCAAAGAAAAGCGACAUACAAGACAGGGUCACCAAGAGCUCCACAGACAAGAACAAAGCCUUGGAGCACUUUGUGGAGGUCUCUUGAGGAUUUCUCAAACCCAUUCAUCGAUAUUCCCGGCAGCCCUUCGUCAUGGCCUCUGUGGGGAUGCAGAUGCUCGCCAGCGCCCUGUGCCUCCUGGGUUGGGCGGGGGUCAUCAUCUGCUGCAUAUUGCCCAUGUGGCGGGUCACAGCCUUUGUGGGGAGCUCCAUCGUCACCUCCCUGACCAUCUGGGAGGGCAUCUGGAUGACCUGCGUAGUCCAGAGCACAGGGCAGAUCAUGUGCCAACCUUACGAGUCUCUCCUCGCUCUCAGCGCGGACCUGCAGGCCGCCAGGGCUCUCACCGUCUUCGCCAUUGCCACGGGGGGCACGGGCCUGGUUCUGGCCUUCAUCGGAGGAAAGUGCACUCGCUUUUUGGAUGAAGAAGGAGGCGGGGUCAAGGGCAAGGUGGCUGUCGCCGCGGGGGCGGUUUUGAUCGUCACAGGGUUGCUGUGUCUGAUUCCCACGUCGUGGGCGGCCGGGUCGGUGGUGAGGAACUUCUACAGCGCCGUCACAGACGAUCAGCGGAGGGAGAUCGGAGCCUGUCUCUACAUCGGCUGGGGAGCGUCCAUCCUGCUCAUUCUGGGAGGGGGUUUGUUCAUCAGCUCGGCGUGCCCCCUCGAUGCCCACAGCACAGACAAGAGCCCCUCCGUCCGCUACCUGGUGGUGCCCAGCAAGGCGAGCAUCCAGCGCAGCAGAGCGCCCACGCCAUCGUCUCAGGGCGUCAGAGCGCUGCCUCCCGGGUCUCAAAGCCACGGUGGAGCAUCAACGAAGCCGCCGCUGUACACAAGACACCCGUGGGAGAACGGGCCUGAGCCGGACCCCCGACUGGGGUCAGAAAGGUCUUGGGCACCAUCGACAAAGAUUAAAAGGCCGGAGUCAACACAGUCUGAAUACAGCGAGGCGCCGUCUACAAAGUCUCAGCUGAAACGAGCAGAGCUGGAAGAGGUUCUAUCGGUGGCGAGUGAAAAUGAAGACGCGUCCUCAAAUCCAGGAAGAACAUAUCUAUGAUAUGACACAUACACACACAUACAUACUUUACAUGCAACAUGUACAUCAGCACUCACAGCAGCAGUACAGAAGAAUAUAUGUGUUAUUUAGAAGUAGUACUUAUUUUGUGACAAUUUACUGAGGAAAAGUAAUUCAUUGUAUUUACAUAGUUCACUUAAUAGCUCGUGCAUGUUGCUUUGAUAAAAAUAAAGAAUGAAGGAGGACUACGUCCUCAAUGUGAAGGAGAAUAGCAGUUUUAAAUUGUCGCGUGCACUAAAAGUGAACCAAAACAGUAACAAACUAAAUCCAGGUGAGAGUGAAGUAUGCUAUUGUUGUUUUCUCUGUUAUCUUUUUUAUUUAAAGAACAUUGUUGUCAUUUACUUUGACAUGUUGUGAGGCAUCACACUGAUGUCAACUCGUCUCGCUAUUUAAAUGCAUGAAUGAGGAUUAAUCCGUCCUCAUUACAGACUUAAAAGACUUAAUUAGCUCGGACUUUGAUUGUUUCUGAGGAAAAAUACAACAUACGUAAUGAAGCAAAAACAUAUUUUGCUUCCUGUGUAUUGAUACUGAUGCUUAUUUAAAAUUGAAGGAUACUCACUUGAUGAGAUAUAUAUAUAUGAAAAACGACUUACACUUUAUAGAUUGUGGUUUGGUCGUAACUGUGAAAUGUAAUCCUUUGUAUAUUUUAUAUGUGCAGGUGUUAUUGACAGAUCGUUGGAUAUUUUCUUUCAAACGUUUUAAUAAAUGACUGUAAUUCAAUUGAGA